UUGCCAUCAGAUGAUCCUAACUUUGUGAAGCUGAUGCUUCCAUCACAAGUUAGUGGCGGAUUUUGGUUGCAAUGGCCUAAGGAUUUCUGCCAAAAACACAUGCCCAAGAAAGAUGAAUACAUUGUUUUGUUGGACGAGAAUGAAAAAGAAUAUGACAUCAAAUAUCUUGCACAGAAGAGUGGAUUGAGUGGAGGAUGGAGAGGUUUCUCCAUUAAACACCAAUUAUGUAAAGGAGAUGUGCUAAUUUUCCAAUUGGUCGACUCUAACAAAUUUAAAUUUAAGGUUCAUAUUUUCAAAGCUAAAGGAGGCUCAAGAAAACUUGAAAGGGACAAUGGCCUUUUGAACUCAGAAGGCAAAGUUACAUCAGAAAUUGCAAAGGAUGUGAAGGAAACUGAGAGUUUCAACAUUCUUUGGAAUGGUGAAGUCGUAGACUCAGAGAUAUCGGAGCAUGUUCGAAGCCAAUACUAUCAAUUGUGCUGCAGUCAAAAAUCAGGUCUUCAUGAUGGUCUUGUCAAAUGCAUAGAUAAGAAGUUGGCCGCUGGCAUAAUAUCUGAAACCGUAAAGAUUGCUGAUGCCAUUAGAGCUGCCGAGAUUACAACCACCUCGUGCAAUGAUGUCCAACGAUGGGAUCAAACUCUCAAGGGCUUCGAAGGAAUGGGCAUGAAUGUUGCAUUUCUACGUGCAACUAUAAAGAACAUACUGGACUCCAUCCAGCGCAAACAACAGGAGAAGAUUAAACGAAAGACAAAUGAAAGAGCUCAAGCUGAGAAGGAGAUGAGAAAUCUUGAAACCCAACUUGUGAAUGUGAAAAAGAAGAUCAGAGUUCUGGAUGAUGAAAUCGAUGUUAUUAGAGCACAAAAUGAAAAGCUUGAGCACUCAUUCAAGGAAACUGCUAUUGCUCCCUGGUGA